CAGGUGUCCACGGCUGCAAUGGUGUUGGUCACAUCUCGGGCACCCAUGUCCACAGGGUCAUCUGGCAGUAGCAGUGGCAACACGUUCCUUGACCACCCACUACGUGGUGUUGAUGACGGCUCCAGCCGCCAGCUAGUCGCCUCACUGUGGGGUGAUGCCUCCCCUCUGGCAGCGGCUGAUGUGGACGCCCUGCUGGAUAUGUGCCGGGGGGUGCCGCUGCUGCUGCGCACAUGUGCUGAUGCGUUGGCACAUGGCAGGGUCACAUUGGCGGCGUUGAAGGCUGCACUCGCCUACACAAACACUGACAGCACCACCGCCCUGAACCUUGCCUUGGCAUCUCUGCCGCUACCCCAACAACUGCUCCUAGCCCAGCUCUCUGUCUUCCCAUCCCAAUUUGACGAGACAGCCGCAGCAGUGGUGGUGUGUGGUGACAGCAGUGAUGUUUCACAUGUUCGCGCCCAGCUUUUGGUGUUGUACAGCCAUGGCCUGGUGUUGCGAAAUGUGGCUCACAACACAUACAGCCUGCACAUGGCUGUGCGCACCACUGCAGUGAGACUGGCCAGUAGGUUGGCCUCUGCGGCAACAGCAUCAGAUCCAGCUGCAGCCAGUCAAAGCACCGCGAGCAGCAGUGAGAAGGAAGACCAGCAGCAGUUAUCCAGGGCACUGUCCUGUGCCCGUGAGCGGUUCGUGAGGCACAUUAUGGCCUCCUUCAAAAAAUGGGGAUGAUUGUACAUGACGCCUGAUGCUCUGUUGGCACUGCGCCUAGCACGGAAGCAUGUGCCGGACUUCUUGGCAGUGAUCCAGAUGGCAGCAGCAGAAUCAACAACAGCACCCAAAAUGUUGGAACUGGUGUUGCGAUCUGCAACUUGGCACUUGGAGUCCUUGCUGUCAGAUGUCGGUGGUGUCCUGACACCCGCUUUCUACGAAACCUGGAGCAGUAUGGGGACUGCAGCUAAUGCACUGCGUGAUGGUCCUCUAGCAGCUUGCCUUGCUAAUUUUUACUCAAUGUUCAAUGAAAAGGCAGCACACUUGCGGGCACUUAAGCUGCGCACCAAGGUGCUGGGAGCAGAGCACCCUGACACCAUCACCUCCAUCAAUAACCUGGCCAGCUGCAUCGAUGGCCAAGGCAAGUACAGUGAGGCAGAGCCCAUGUACAGGCAGGCACUGGAGCUGCGCACCAAGGUGCUGGGCGCAGAGCACCCUUGCACCAUCAGCUCCAUCAAUAACCUGGCCUGCUGCAUCCGUAAACAAGGCAAGUACAGUGAGGCAGAGCCCAUGUACAGGCAGGCGCUGGAACUGCACACCAAGGUGUUGGGUGAGGAGCACCCUCGCACCAUCACCUCCAUUAAUAAUCUGGCCAGUUGCAUCAAGGUCCAAGGCAAGUACAGCAAGGCAGAGCCCAUGUACAGGCAGGCGCUGGAGCUGCGCACCAAGGUGCUGGGCACAGAGCACCCUUACACCAUCAACUCCAUAAGUAACCUUGCCAGCUGCAUCAAUGACCAAGGCAAGUACAGUGAGGCAGAGCCCAUGUACAGGCAGGCGCUGAAGCUGCACACCAGGGUGUUGGGUAAGGAGCACCCUCGCACCAUCAGCUCCAUCAAUAACCUGGCCAGCUGCAUCCAUAACCAAGGCAAGUAUAGCGAGGCAGAGCCCAUGUACAGGCAGGCGCUGAAGCUGCGCACCAAGGUGCUGGGCACAGAGCACCCUGACACCAUCAGAUCCAUCAAUGGCCUGGCCAGCUGCAUCCGUUACCAAGGCAAGUACAGUGAGGCAGAGCCCAUCUACAAGCAGGCACUGAAGCUGCGCACCAAGGUGCUGGGCACAGAGCACUCUGACACCAUCACCACCAUCAAUGGCCUGGCCAGCUGCAUCCGUAACCAAGGCAAGCACAGCGAGGCAGAGCCCAUGUACAGGCAGGCACUGGAGCUGCGCACCAAGGUGCUGGGCUCAGAGCACCGUGACACCAUCACCUCCAUCAAUGGCCUGGCCAGCUGCAUGAAGGACCAAGGCAAGUACAGCAAGGCAGAGCCCAUGUACAGGCAGGCGCUGGAGCUGCGCACCAAGGUGCUGGGCACAAACCACCCUGACACCAUCACCUCUAUCAAUAACUUGGCCGACUGCAUGUAUCACCAAAGCAAGUACAGCAAGGCAGAGCGCAUGUACCGGCGGGUGCUGGAGCUGCGCACCAAGCUGCUGGGUGAGGAGCACCCUGACACAAAACGCAGCGCCCGAUCUUUGAAACUUUGUGUGGAUGCUAAAAAGUGAGAGUGGCAGAUAGUGAGAGUUGGGCUUUGUUCUAAAGUAAUGACUCGGGAUUUUGGACUCCUGUAAGGGAUUGGGCUUGAGGUGCACAAAGGCAGUGGCAGCCUGCAUCUGGGUAUCAGGCAUAUGGUGUGGGUUGUGUGACACAGGGAUUUUGCAUAAUGUCCUUCUGCUGCAAAUGUUGUUCUAGCUGGUGAGUGACCUUCCGGGUUACAACCCAUUGCAUCCCUAUGAUUAAGUUGGAAAAAAUGCUGGUAUAGUAGAGCUUUGGGCCAAAGAAGACAGGGACCUUUGGCUACAGGCAGCACCUUAGCGGUUUUGUCAUGGCCAAAGGCUGACACUAGGGGAUGAUGGUAUGAUGUACCUACUAUAUUGUUGUGUACAGAUAAUGGCCUUCUUGCUAGGGUUCUUGUGUUGCGCCUUGGCCUGGCUCUAGCCGACAUAAUAACUUGUAGCAGUUGGUGUUCCUGUGUGGGAGGUUACCCGGUUCUGUUCACUGAUGAUACCAAAGGGUGUUAGGUUGGCUUUCUUCCAGCGCAUGGAGAUGUUUGCCUGGGCGUCGGGUCAAUACUUGAACUAGAGAAAAGUAGAGCUUUUGCCCAUUGGGGUUGCAUCGGGUACUGAGGGGCAGCAGGUUGUUCAGGGUGUGUCAAUGGUUCGUACAGAUGACGGGUAAGGUGCCUUUUACUAACUCGGAUCCAGCUCCGUGCCUUGACUGGAGCAAAAGGUUCCUAGAUGUGGAGGGCUGCUUACAGAAGUUGGUUCACUUUCACCCUUUCCAUUUCUGUUAGGGCUAGCUACCAGUGCAGCUGCAUAUGCUCUGCAAACAGCCACUUGGCACAUGGAGCAUUCAGGCCUGCCGCCUGGUGCUUAGUUGGAUAGUCUAGUGAAGCGGACUGUUAAGUCUCAAGGUAGCACCAGGGUCCACAGGAUAGGCAUGCUAUGGGUGGUCCGGGUAGGCUGUUAGCUGGGCACCCCAGCCAGGGCAAGUGGUUUUGGUGCCUUGCACUUAAGUGAGCAUUUCAAGGCUUGCUUUGCUUGCUGGGAUGCCUGUUUUGUUUGUUAAGCUGCACUGUCAAGGGGCUCUUUGCAUCCCUGGUAGCGUGCUUUGGUGUUUUUCCUUCGGUGUUUGCAUCCAGAUUUUUUGGUCCCCUAGCGCUUGGAUGGUGGCAGGGCCUUGGAUGGGGGUGGGUAGCUUGCCAGAGGAUAUUCGUCGUGUAGUGAUUUCUAUAGCGGUUUUACCACCUGUUGCUGACAUAGGGUCGGAUCCUUUGGUACUGGGGAGCUGGUAUUGGGGUGUUCCUUUGUGGGGUAUCCCUUUCUUUGUGGGGUUGACAGGUCAGUCACGUGUGUUAAGUUUGGAACACCGCUAUCCAGUCCUCAUUCAUUGCCAUGACCUUCAUUUCUUGGUAGUGGGUGCGGCUGCUUUGGCUCAACUGAACAAUUUUGAUGACAUGUGGACUGUCAGUGUUUUGACCCAGUUUCUUCUGCUCCCUGUGCUCUUUGUUACCUGCCUAGGUGUCGUGAUCCCCUGCUGUCACUUGAGACAUUGUUGACUGAAGUGCCUGUGGCUUGGGUGGCGGCUGCGGAGGUGUUUCUUAUUAAUUGCUUGCCACCCCACCUCCAUUGGCUAUUGAGCAUGCUUGGCAGGUUUUGGUUCCCUGCUUGGGGUGACAGUGAACUCACUUAGCCGCCAUGUCUAGGUCCCAUUUACAGGGCAAGCGAGGCACAGCUUGGCCAUCCAUGUGUUCUACGACAGUUUGGUUAUGGUAGUUGGCAUGCGUGUGCUCCUAGUUUACUACUGCCCCGUUGCUUUGUAGGGGCUGUAUGAGGCGGGCACCACGGCCUGACUGCCGUCAUUUCUAGGUCCCAUAUACAGGGCAAGCGAGGCACAGCUUGUCCACCCAUGUGUUCUACGACAGUUUGGUUAUGGUAGUUAGCAUGCGUGUGCUCCUAGUUUACUACUGCCCUGUUGCUUUGUAGGGGCUGUAUGAGGCGGCCACAACGGCCUGGCCACCCAUGUGUUCUACGACAGUUUGGUUAUGGUAGUUGGCAUGCAUGUGCUCCUAGUUUACUACUGCCCCGUUGCUUUGUAGGGGCUGUAUGAGGCAGCCACCACGGCCUGACUGCCGUCAUUUCUACGUCCCAUAUACAGGGCAAGCGAGGCACAGCUUGUCCACCCAUGUGUUCUACGACAGUUUGGUUAUGGUAGUUAGCAUGCGUGUGCUCCUAGUUUACUACUGCCCCGUUGCUUUGUAGGGGCUGUAUGAGGCGGCCACAACGGCCUGGCCACCCAUGUGUUCUACGACAGUUUGGUUAUGGUAGUUAGCAUGCGUGUGCUCCUAGUUUACUACUGCCCCGUUGCUUUGUAGGGGCUGUAUGAGGCGGCCACAACGGCCUGGCCACCCAUGUGUUCUACGACAGUUUGGUUAUGGUAGUUAGCAUGCGUGUGCUCCUAGUUUACUACUGCCCCGUUGCUUUGUAGGGGCUGUAUGAGGCGGCCACAAUGGCCUGGCCAUCCAUGUGUUCUACGACAGUUUGGUUAUGGUAGUUAGCAUGCGUGUGCUCCUAGUUUACUACUGCCCUGUUGCUUUGUAGGGGCUGUAUGAGGUGGCCACAACGACCUGUCCACCCAUGUGUUCUACGACAGUUUGGUUAUGGUAGUUAGCAUGCGUGUGCUCCUAGUUUACUACUGCCCCGUUGCUUUGUAGGGGCUGUAUGAGGCGGCCACAAUGGCCUGGCCAUCCAUGUGUUCUACGACAGUUUGGUUAUGGUAGUUAGCAUGCGUGUGCUCCUAGUUUACUACUGCCCUGUUGCUUUGUAGGGGCUGUAUGAGGCGGCCACAAUGGCCUGGCCAUCCAUGUGUUCUACGACAGUUUGGUUAUGGUAGUUAGCAUGCGUGUGCUCCUAGUUUACUACUGCCCUGUUGCUUUGUAGGGGCUGUAUGAGGUGGCCACAACGACCUGUCCACCCAUGUGUUCUACGACAGUUUGGUUAUGGUAGUUAGCAUGCGUGUGCUCCUAGUUUACUACUGCCCUGUUGCUUUGUAGGGGCUGUAUGAGGCGGCCACAACGGCCUGGCCAUUCAUGUGUUCUACGACAGUUUGGUUAUGGUAGUUGGCAUGCGUGUGCUCCUAGUUUACUACUGCCCCGUUGCUUUGUAGGGGCUGUAUGAGGCGGCCACCACGGCCUGACUGCCGUCAUUUCUACGUCCCAUAUACAGGGCAAGCGAGGCACAGCUUGUCCACCCAUGUGUUCUACGACAGUUUGGUUAUGGUAGUUAGCAUGCGUGUGCUCCUAGUUUACUACUGCCCCGUUGCUUUGUAGGGGCUGUAUGAGGCGGCCACAACGACCUGUCCACCCAUGUGUUCUACAACAGUUUGGUUAUGGUAGUUAGCAUGCGUGUGCUCCUAGUUUACUACUGCCCCGUUGCUUUGUAGGGGCUGUAUGAGGCGGCCACAACGGCCUGACUGCCGUCAUUUCUACGUCCCAUAUACAGGGCAAGCGAGGCACAGCUUGUCCACCCAUGUGUUCUACGACAGUUUGGUUAUGGUAGUUAGCAUGCGUGUGCUCCUAGUUUACUACUGCCCCGUUGCUUUGUAGGGGCUGUAUGAGGCGGCCACAACGACCUGUCCACCCAUGUAUUCUACGACAGUUUGGUUAUGGUAGUUAGCAUGCGUGUGCUCCUAGUUUACUACUGCCCUGUUGCUUUGUAGGGGCUGUAUGAGGCGGCCACAACGGCCUGGCCACCCAUGUGUUCUACGACAGUUUGGUUAUGGUUGUUAGCAUGCGUGUGCUCCUAGUUUACUACUGCCCCGUUGCUUUGUAGGGGCUGUAUGAGGCGGCCACAACGGCCUGGCCACCCAUGUGUUCUACGACAGUUUGGUUAUGGUAGUUAGCAUGCGUGUGCUCCUAGUUUACUACUGCCCCGUUGCUUUGUAGGGGCUGUAUGAGGCGGCCACAACGGCCUGGCCACCCAUGUGUUCUACGACAGUUUGGUUAUGGUAGUUGGCAUGCGUGUGCUCCUAGUUUACUACUGCCCCGUUGCUUUGUAGGGGCUGUAUGAGGCGGCCACAACGGCCUGGCCACCCAUGUGUUCUACGACAGUUUGGUUAUGGUAGUUAGCAUGCGUGUGCUCCUAGUUUACUACUGCCCCGUUGCUUUGUAGGGGCUGUAUGAGGCGGCCACAACGGCCUGGCCACCCAUGUGUUCUACGACAGUUUGGUUAUGGUAGUUAGCAUGCGUGUGCUCCUAGUUUACUACCACUAAAAGGCUAACGUCCACAUUGGUUGUUCUGCCAGCGACCAUGAGAUUGACGACCUCCAAAUACAGGGAUGGAUCUACGGGGGACGUAGCUCAAAACGUUGCUACUGUGACCGCUACCCCAUGCCUACGUUUGCGUUCAGUUGCAAGCAACGUCGAAACGUAACGUAGAACACAACGCCGUGGGACCGGCCUUUUGAAGAGGACCUCAGCCGGGGUGCACGGCAGCUGGGGAAGUUUGAUCGGCGGGGGUGUAACAAAACAGCCAUG